AUGCCGCCAGAAGGGGCGGCUGCAGCUGUUGCUGCUGCAGAUAAGCAGCAGCAGCAACAGCAGCAGCAGCAGCUGCCGCAGCAGCAGCAGCGGCAACAUGGGAUGUUUGUGCGCCUGCUCGCGGAAAGGGGGAAAACGGACUUGGCCCUCGUCAACACAGUGACAGGAGAUGCUUAUCCUCCAACAGGGUCAUUUCCGCUGCCUGCAUCAGGAGAAAGCAGCAGCAGCAGCAGCAGCAGCAGCAGCAGACGCUGCUCUUGGAAGGCGCACCCCAUACUGCCGCCAGCCUUUCGUGCUGCAGCCGCUCAAACCCUCAACAUUUGCUUCCCCGGUGUCACUUCCGCAGAUAUAUGUACACCAGGAAAAGCAGCAGCAGCAGCAGCAGCAGCAGCAGCGGAGCUGGGGCGCCGCUUCAGUCGGCAGGUUGCUGCUGCUGCUGAUCCGGCACGGCACACCUGGAUCCUGAUCCACAAGCAGCAGCAGCAGCAGCAGCAGCAGGCUGCUAAAGCCGCAUCAGCUGAGACUGCUGUGUCCCCUUCGUCUGCAGCAGUGGCAGCAGCAGCAGCAGACACAGCAGCAGCAGCAGCAGCAGCUAACCCCAGCUGCUCCUUAACCACCCGUCAAGCCCUCUUUCUGCAGCAGUGGCGCUGUAACAUAGCGGCACUGCUGGAGGCUCAGAGGCUGCCUGAGAAGCUGCAGCAGCAGUUGGCAGCUGCAGCAUCAGGAACAACAGAAGCAGCAGCAGCAGCGCCAGCAGCAGCAGCACCGGCCCGAGCAUCAACCGCAGCAGCAGCAGGGGUUCAAGCUGUCGCAGAAGAGAGGCUCCAGGCAGCACGGCGGCGGCUCGCUGAACGCUAUGCUUUUCUUAUUGAAGAUCGCCAGCAGCAGCAGCAGCAGGCAGCCAGCAGCAGCAGCAACAGCAUCAGCAGCAGCAGCAGCAGCAGCAGCAGCAAGACUCCCGAGGAGGCGCAGCUAGCUGGCUGGCAUUGGCCUGCAACUCUGGCGCAGCAAAGAGAGACAGCGAAGACCGUCGAGGCUGCCCUCACGGAGCAGAUCAAGACACAGAGAGCAUCUCAGCGCCAGCUCGCAUCAAGGACGCACAAACUGCCUCGCCUUCUUUGGCGCCUUCUCGCCGAAGCCAAGGAGGUCGAGAGGCAGCAGCGCAUGGUGCUGUACGAACAAAGCUCUCGGGUGUAUGGACGCCGCGACGUCUUUGCUGACUGGAGCGGCGAGCACCACCGCAUGCGUCGAGCGUUUUUGCUGCAGCUGCAGCAGCAGCAGCAGGUGCUGCAGCGGCAGCAGCAGCAGCAAGUCAACCAGCUGCAGCAAGAACUGGACCGCUACCGAAUCAAGGCGCAGCAAAAGUCAGAAGCAUGCAAAGGGGACAGAAAGAGGCUCGAGAAACAGCAGCACGAGCUGAGGGCUCUGCAGCGAAAACUCCACAAGAAGAGGCAGCGGCAGCAGCAACGUCGGCUGCUGCUGCGGCACAUCGGGCGCCAGGCUGCUGCGUUGCUCCUGCGUCAGCCGAGCCAGCAUCAGCAGCAACAGAAGCAGCUGGAGCAGCCCCACGUAUUGCAGCAAAGGCUGGAGCAGCAGCAGCAAGCCCUUGAUGAUGCUCUGGCGCUGCUAGUUGAGACGCAGCAAGUCCUGGCUGACUCAGUUUCCUCUGGGGACGAGAGGGCUGCGGAGCGGCAGCAGCUGCAGCAGCAGCUGCACCAGCAGCUGCACCAGCAGCUGCAGCAGCGGCGCCAGCAGCAGCAGCAGCAGCAGCAAAAGCGCAGGCCGACGCAGCAGCAGCAGGACCAGCAGCACCGCCAAAACCAGCAACAGCAGCAGCAGCAACGAAGAGCCGCUCCCAGCCUAGCCGACGCCUCAGCUGCUCCCCGACUGCCACCGCUGAAGCGUCGCUGCAGCGCUGCAGCUGAGCCCAUGCAGCAACAGCAGCAGCAGCAGCAGCAAGGAAAGCUCUUCAGGCGCACCGGCGUAGCGGAGACUGGGGGUGCUGCUGCUGCUGCUGCUGGAGAAAGGGCCACUUCGAAUGGGUUGAGCCUGGUGAUUCGCCCCAUGAAUCUUACUGCUGCUGCUCAGCAGCAGCUGCCGCAGCAGCUGCAGCAGCAGCAGCAGCAAAAGCCGCGGAACACCACGGACGUGAAGACACUUGCUGCAGGCUGCAGCAGGUCAGUGCUCCCAGUUCUGACCGGGCAGCAGCAGCAGCAACAGCAGCAGCAAGUGGAAGCAGCUGCAGCAACAAAGUCUGCUCUGAAGCAGACCCUGGAAAGCUCCAGCCUUAUGAUGGAGGAAGAGCCCCCGCAGUGCUGCAGCAGCGGCAGCGAAAAGGGGUCAAUGCAAGUGUCAGCAGCAGGAACUGCAGCAGCUGCUGCAGAAUCUGAGACCGCUGUGUUGCAGCAUAGCGCAGCUGAUCCAGAGGGCAGCAACCACAUGAGCUACAACCCGUCAAAGAGAGCAGCAGCAGCAACUGCUGCUGCUGCUGCUGCAACUUGUGGGCCGGGUGGUGUGGACACAUGCGCAGCAGCACCGAGCGACUCGUGGGAUUGUCUUCAAGGCAGCAGCAGCUGCAGACGAAAUGACUGGGACAGCAACAGCCGCAAUAGCUGGCGCAGCAGCAGCAGCAGCAGCAGCAACAGCCGCAGCAACAGCAGCAACAGCACUGGCAGCAGCAACAGCAGCAACAGCAGCAACUGGCGCGGCGAUACUGCUGCAGCACCUCUGCUGCAGCGAGAUGAGCGGACACCAACAGCAGCAGCAGCAGCAAACGGAACAGCAGCAAUUGGCAAAUACGCUGCUCUCCUCAGUGCUGCUGCUGCUGCUGCGGUCUUAAGUCCAGAUGCGCUGCAGCAGCUGUCCUGGCUCGACGAGCGACGCACCGACAGAACAGUCGUCCCUCCAAGCCAAGACCCUUACCGAGACGGUUCUCUCUUCACUGAGUGUCUGCACUUGGAGACCUCCCUCUUCGCGCUGCUGCGCCUUGCAAGCAAAGACAACUCGCCUCCAGAUCUUGUUGCUAACAUUCUUCAAUCAAAUUCUCCCUUCAGUAACUUCCACCAGCUCAGGAGAGGCUACCGCCUGCUUAACAUGCUGGGCAGGGGUGGUUUUGCGGAGGUUUGGGAAGUGUUCGACCCCCUGACUUGCUCCGUGGCUGCUGCCAAGCUGCACGUUUUGUCUUCCGUGAAAAGAGAAAAGGAAAGACUCAAAAUUGUAAAGAGAGUUCAAAACGAAAUUGAAAUUCACAAAGACAUCAGGCCCCACCCGCAUAUCGUAGAAAUGAAAGCUUGCUUCGAAAUGGGCAACGACGUCCUCGCCAGCAUUCUUCAGUUCUGCGAAGGGGGGGACCUUGAUCACUACCUGAAGAUCUCUGGGCCCCUUGAGGAGCCUCUUGCGGCUCGCUGGAUUCGGCAAAUACUGCAGGCUUUGCACUAUUUGAAACACCAGCCCAACGGCAGCAUUUAUCACCUCGACGUGAAGCCGGGAAAUGUGCUGCUGCAAGAAGGGGACUGCAAGUUGGCGGACUUUGGGUUGAGCUGCUUCGUUCCUAAAGGAGAGUCCAGGCCUUUUACGGGGGGGGGCACUCUGUGGUACCAGCCGCCGGAGUGUUUGCUGCUGCAGCAGCAGCAGCAGCAACUCCGCCAGCAGCAGCAACGCAAGCAGCAGCAGCAAAUCCACCCUGGCGCCAAUGGCGAACAAAUCAAGGACGAACUCGCUGCAACGGAGCAGCAGCCGCAGCAGCAGACGCCCUUGGUGGUGCUAGCAGAUGAGAAGAUUGACAUUUGGGCUGUCGGCUGUAUCCUGUACGAGAUGCUCUUCAACAAGAGGCCGUUCUGUCGCGGCCUUCGCCCAGAUCAAGUGGAUCCUUCAGAUCAAAUUAUCUCUGAUGCGAAAAAAGGUCUUUAUAUUCCUACAGGGCCCCGGAAGAUUUCAGAGGCAGCUAAGGACAUGUUACGUCGCCUGCUGGCCUACGACCCUACGGAGCGCCUCACCCUGGAAGAGGCACUGACUCACAGUUUUUUGCAAAGACAAUUUGAAGGGCAGCAGCUAGCGAGCAGAAUAGAAGAAGCACUCUUAGCGCUAGAGAAGCAAUAG